AGCCUGGUCCUCCAAGUCGUUGAGUCCUGUCGACAUGAAGCGAUCCGCAGUCUUGUGUCUCCUGGUGGUGGCCUUGGCGCAGGCCAGGGUGGUGCCAAGAGUCCCAAGAGACGUCGCGGGUCGCCUCAAGCAAGCAAGCAGCCUUUGUCCUCUUGUGGAACCGAUCGUCUUGUCACUGGGAGCAAGUUGCUGUCAAGUUUGUCCCAUCAUUUGUGGACUUCUUGGCCUGGGAUGCAUACCAAGCGAGUGUGACUCAACUGGGUGCUGCACUUGCUCACCAAGAACAUUUACUACACGACCACCAACAACGCCUCCAUGUGACACCACAACAACCACAAAGGCACCAACAACACCACCACCAUGUGCCUCAACGUUGACAUCAACAGUAACACCUACAACAUUAACGCCUACAAGAUGCAACACGGUGACACAAAGGACCACACCUCCAUGGGAACCUAUAACUUCAACGACUAUCAUCACAACGCCAUCAACCACCAUCAUAACGACGCCACCACCACCUACACCAACGCCAACAACAACGCCAGUCUGCAACACAAAGCUACCAUCACCAACAACGGAGACACCAACCACGACCACUGAGACACCUACCGAGACACCAUCCACAACUACAGAGACGCCUUCCCCACCGACUGAGACACCAGCCACGCCCACUCAAACUCCAACUACAACUGUGACGCCUUCACCACCCACCGAGACGCCACCAACGACUUCUCAGACGCCUUCUCCGCCGACUGAAACACCACCCACGGCCUCUGAGACACCUUCGCCGCCUACUCCAACCCCAACUACGACUCCCCAAACGGAAACGCCAUGCGACAGAACUCCAUCACCACCAACUGUGACGCCAUCGCGACCCACAGAGACUCCGCCAACUGAAACACCACCCACAGAGACUCUGCCAACCGAAACACCACCCACAGAGACUCCGCCAACAGAAAAACCUCCCACAGCGACUCCGCCAACUGAAACACCACCCACAGAGACUCCGCCAACUGAAACACCACCCACAGAGACUCCGCCAACUGAAACACCACCCACAGAGACUCCGCCAACUGAAACACCACCCACAGAGACUCCGCCAACUGAAACACCACCCACAGAGACUCCGCCAACUGAAACACCACCCACAGAGACUCCGCCAACAUCAUCUCAGACGCCAUCUCUGCCGACGGAAACACCGCCCACGCCCUCUGGAACACCUUCGCCGCCUACACCAACUCCAAGUACAACUCCAGAAACGGAGACGCCAUGCGACACAACUCCUUCACCGCCAACUGUGACGCCAUCAACACCAUCUGUGACGCCUUCGACACCCACAGCGACUCCCUCAACUGAAACACCACCCACAGAGACUCCGCCAACUGAAACCCCACCACAGAACUCCGCCAACUGA